GAUUUCAUAUCUGAAAAUUAUGUGUAAUAUUUAUGUGGGCAAUAAAUUUGGCAUAAAUUUGACGACAUUUUGGUUUCGAAAUAGCAAGAAUUAGAACCAUGAUUCGAGUGAAAUGCAACAUUCGAACGACGAAAAUUGUAUGAAAUAUGAAGUGUUUAAUAAUAUUUCAUGUUACCUGUUUAUCAAAUAGUUGAACAAGGCGCUAUUUAUUUCACGAGGACGUAGUUUGGAUUUUCUAAUCUAAUGGCGAAAUUAUAUAUGUUCUCCCGAAGACGAUUUUACGGCACACUCUCCGCCACAUAUUUGUGUUUAAUUUUCAUGAUAUGCUUGAAAGUUUCUACGGAAUCCAGCGUCGGUAAAAACCGGAAUGAGGGUGAUUUCCAUGUUUCAAUAAAGACGGUCAAUGGAAAAGUUCAUAUAAGCUGGGACACUUCAUCAGUGUGGCAGAAUACUACGGUUUAUUUUUUAAGCAAUCUUUAUGACAAUGUCACAAAUACGCCUUUCGCGGUUAGCAUAGCUGUUUGCAAUGCAUCUAUAUCACAUGACAAAUCCUGGAAAAUUGAACCAACUGGGACAAAUUUAUUAGAGUUUUGCAACAAAAGCAGAAAAUGUGGUCCUGUUGAUGGCAAAACUUCAUUGGUGAAAGCUACAGGAACCCAAGAGUUGUCAUGUGAACUUUUUACAACUUGUGCAAAUUUUGAUGAUGUUUACAGUAUCCGAGUUGUUUCAAUUGGUGGAGGGAAGGAAUAUAGUUUUCAAAGUGGAAACAUGACAAUUCUUUCAGAAAACAUUCUACCGUUCCGUGAAGUUAAAGAAAUUGAUUUCAAUGGCCUUGAUGGUUUCUAUAAAGACGGGAUUUCUGCAAAUGACCCUGUGUUUGUCAAGUACUUCGAAUCGUCUCAACUUUGUGGGUUUGGCGCAAAUCUCACGGAUAACAUCCAGUUUGUUUUCAAACAUUACCGAGUCAAUGAAACAGGCUGUUUCUUUAUGGGUCAGAAAACUGCCUCUUAUACUGGUGUGCAGAACACGCUUUUGACACCAGAUCACUACAGUGGAAUAAAAAUAGGCGACAUCGAGGUCUUCGAUUUCACAGUGAAGUUUUUGAAGAAUAAGAAAACGACAUCGUGGCAGCGCUUUGAAUUCAAAAUUGACACAAACGCGGAAUACAAGAAACAGUGGUGUAACAUUAUUGGUAGCGUUAUACACAUAAAAUGGCGACCUCUAAGGAGUUGUCGUGACGGCGAAGACACCAAGGAACAAGCGAGAUUUUGCUUUUACAAUUUCUCGACCUGUUAUCCCGUUUGCGAGGCGUCGUUUUUUGCGAAUGGAACUUUUCGUGGAGUGCGUACUUACAACAACACUUACAAUGAGAUUCGUGAUGGCUGCAACAAAAGGAGCGGGUGUUCUCUUCAGAACAGAACGAAAGAUGUUAAGUUUAUCACGGUAUCAUGGUCGCCAGAAACUCAGACAGUAUCCUGCACCCUUUUCAGGACAUGUAUGGAUUAUCCGGGCACAUUUUCCAUAAAGAUUUUUUCAAUAAACGAUGAAAGAGACGAGUUUAGGUCCUAUGUAUGUCAUCCGCUUACCCAAAUCGCCGAAUCUAAUACACCAGCAGUUCCACGCGAUGUGCGGAUAAUAGACGUUCAAGCGAGACAAUUCACAGUUACGUGGAAAUCUCCAAAAUGCGAUUUUGAUCAUACAUUACUAGGAUGUAAAGUGAUUAUAGAUUUCGGUGACGUGAUAAUUGAGGUACUUGCAACAGACAAUACAAAGACGGAUGGUGUUGACUACUUCUUCAAUUAUACAAGAUCCUCUCUUCUUCCUAACCAAGAAGUGAAAUUUAAACUUUUUACCUCCUGCAAUGUGUGGAAUAGGGGUAAAUCUACUCCGACACGCGUUUUCAAAGUGCUUACAAAACCUUCAGCUCCAGAUGUUCGACCUCACUCGCUACGGAUAACAGGCACUGGCAGAGACCUGGAGAUUUCAUGGAAAUAUUCAGAAGGCGCAGAUUUAAAUGGUGUUCCCAAUGAGACCAGAAUCGAAGGCAAAGAUGAGAACGGAAUUGUAGUUUUCUGGAAGAGUGUAUAUAGAAACGAAAAAUCUACUCGAAUUCGCGUUAAUAAAACUCAGAGAUGUGCUCAAUACCGAGUGAAAAUAUGCAAUGCUCCCAAAUUGUGCAGCGAAUUUUCAGAUCCCUAUCAGAUGCCAAUCUGUGGAGGUCCUACGGAACCCAACCAACCGCCAAUUGAAGACACAAAUCUGACGUGGAUUUUGAUCGCAUCUUCGCUUGGUUUACUGUUCACUGUUGCUGUCAUACUUGCCAUAACGUACGUGUUAUAUCAGAAAAGAAGGAAGAAAACGCGCUCGGAACUUCCAGAGUUGGAACCAGAAAAUGACAAAACAGGGAAUUAUACUCCGGUCGCGACGGAGAUUUUGACUCAAACUGGUAUGUAUAACACUUUGGAUAAUAUGGACAAAUUCGGUACCUCCCUGGACAAGGAAGAAUGCCUUGAGGAAUUGUCACGUGACACUGAGGUUAGUGGGUUACACUUCAAUGGUGGCGGUACUUCAUGUUAGAGAUUCUCGGGUAUCGAAAGCUGUACGAAAGUUCGCCUUUUGAACAUGGUCUGAGCAGACAAUUAGCAGUCGCUGACACUUGCUUUAACAGCAGGAAUAAACCAAGAGAAACCUGUCUGUUGUGCGUUGGCCGCACAAAAACAUUUAUCAAAUAUUUCUCCUCGUGAUUAAAGGAAUUUUAACAACAGUUACAAGAAUUCCUUUACAUUUUCAUCAACCUUACUAUGUUCGCAGAUAUUUGCAAUCAAAAAGCCCGUUUUGGUCGCCAUUUUGUUAUAUCUUUUGAGCAUAAAACCCAGUGAAAUAGGUAUAACUCCAGGUUUAUAUUGCGGUCUGUGACGAACGCGUAAUAUUGUAACAGUUUUAUAUGUUAGUAUGCGUGCAUCACAGACCGCUAUAUGAAACUGGACAACUUUUGAGUUAUGUAAGAUCAGGGUAAGAUAUUACUUACUGUAAUCUUGACGCGGUGAACUCUAUGAACACUGGAGCGAUAACUGACGUUUAUUGGUCGCCAUGUUUCAAGCUAAUUCGAAGCUAAAUCGAAGACCAGUGCCAGUCUCUAUUUUUGUUUUUGUCGGCGCGAUCGUUGACCGUAAAAACAAAAACAUUAGAAAUGGACUGGCACUGGUCUUUUCAUUUGGCUCUAAAUUGGCUUCCAAGAUGGCGAUGAAGUUAUCGUUCCAGAUCACAUAGAGUACACAGAGCCGACGUCAUGAUACUCGACGAUUGAUUCACGUAACCAAGAUGGCGUACGUGUUUGUCGGCAAAUAUCUCAAAUAAUAGAGGUGAUGAAAAAUUGCAAAAGGUGUUUGUAACUUUGGUCAACGUUCCUUGGGGAAAAGAGUUUUUACUGUCAUUUUCGUUUGAGGGAAUCCUCAGAUUUUGGUAAACAAAAUGAGCUUCAAUUGCUUUCUUUCCAAAGUAAUAAUAUCUCAUUUUGCACGUCCGUUGCUCUAAUGUUUAAAGCAUAAGUUAGGUAUAACGCUCGCGUAACUCUCAAGUAAACUCUCAUCAAAAUUUGAACUAGUUCAAAAUUGAUGAUAGCUUUGUGAGAGUGUGUGAUGGUUAUAUUAAGAAUUUAUAAUGGUAGUGAGUAGAAUUUCAGAUAAGUGUAGUUAGUUUUUGAUGGCAAGCAAGUUGGUUUCGAGAGAAAAUGCGCCAAGGUCGUUUAACAUUCAACAUUUUUUUAUUGACCGGCCGUUUUUACGCUUGGGAAAAUAAUAAAUCGUUGCCAUAGAAAUAGCCCUUAGACGUAUAUAUGCGCUAAGGUUUAGGAUUAUAAGUACACGCUUGUGCACGCUAAAUAGAUUUGUAACUUUGUAUUUAUCCAUAAUGACCUUUACGAUGUCCUUUCAAAGCUUCGAACGCGUUUCAAGUCCCGUUUCAAUGUGGGAAAAACAUUGACGUCACCUUUUAGUGCUGAAUAUGAGGAGCAGUUAAUGAGUUAAGCCAAGAUGGCGAACAAUGAAGCCUCUUUUGUAGGUAUAAAACACGCGUGUUUUUUGCGUGGGCUAGUCACGAAAGAUGAAGCCACGGAAGAAUUUUGUACUUUUUGUAUGAAUCUCACCAGCUUUUAACGCUUUUUUUAAAACAAUUUUCAAGUUAGAAGAUAUUUCAUUAAAAGAAUGUGCAUUCGACCAAAUAUGGAACUUAUUUUGCGACGAUUUUAAGCGCAUCAGUGUCAGAUAAUAACAAAUGUGUUUUUGUUUUCGUCAGGCACGAUGUUUGUUUACAAUGUCGUACAAAAAUUAUUCUGCUGUUCCGUUAAGUGUAUCCAAUAGUUCCUCGUAUAGAAUACAUGCUAUAUUUUAUGCUAUAUUUGUAAAUUGAAUCUAAAGACGAGUUUUAAAUAUUCAUUCAUAAUUUCCCCGC